CGUUAAUAUUAGGCGGCUGUUCAAUAGUGUGUACGGGAAUCGCAGAAACGGCCAAAAUGUAUAAUUUAAUAGUUGUCGGCUACGGCUCGUCCUCUCCAGCGCUGUCUAAUCGACAACGUUUUCCCACAUUCUUCCGAACGCAUCCGUCGGCCACAAUCCAUAAUCCCACGCGAAUAAAGCUCUUUAAGAAGUUUCGUUGGUCUCGAAUAUCCAUUAUAUUAGAGGCCGAAGAGCUCUUCGUUACGACGGGAAAAGAUUUAGAGACGAGAUGUAAAGAAGCGGAUAUCGAGAUUCUGACUCGAGUGUCAUUUCUGGACGACCCGACUGAGGCGGUCAAGAGUUUGGUGAGACAGGGCGCCCGCAUUAUAAUCGGCAUGUUUUACAGCGCAAACGCCCGCAAAGUCAUGUGCGAGGCCUACAAAGCGGGUCUUUACGGCAAACAAUACGUUUGGUUUCUCAUUGGU